UUAGAAUUUGAAAAUGGAUGAAAGACAGGUUUAAUCUGUAAAUAACAAAUUUGGGGUGGUUUGUAUGUAAUUGUCCCCUUCCACGUUUGAAGAGACGAACCCCACAGAACGUUGAGUAUUUCCGCCUCGCCCUUCUUCCCUUUCCCUGUUCUUCUUCUUCCUCCCUGCUAAGCUUCUCUCCCACCCUAUCGUGCUCGUCCAACGAAGCCCUUAAGAAGCCUUCCUUUUUUAUUGCUUCCACGGAUAAUUUUCUGUUUGGAGCCGAAUCGGUUUUCAAAAAUGCUGUCUUCCGCAGGUUAUGGAGUGACUGACGGGCGGCGGUUAGAGCUAGCCGGCGACGGGGAGAUAAGACCCAAACGCUCCCUUGCGAGACCGUCGCGUUUUCACGACUUUUUUUUUCCGACGAUGAACUGGAGCGGUCAACGGUUUUUACGCGGUGAGAAACCCAUCUCUGGGGGCAAUGGUUCGGGUGAUCGAUCGACUGAUCCGUAUACCCAAAUAGAGCCCCGAGGAGAUAGAAAAGCUUCUUAUUUUCCUGUUAGUGCUCUUCCCAUGUCGUCUCACACUGGCGGGGAGAAGGAAACGGAGGCGGAGCAGGACAAUGCCCCUUCUACGGCUGCAGAAGAGGCUGCUGCUGCACCGUUGGCUCGUCCGUGGAAUCUGAAGAAACGAAGAGCUGCGUGUCAAGCUCUAUUGGAGAACGGAAGGAACAAGUACAAUUGCUCAUCACCUUCUAAUCCGCCAUUGGGUACAUCUGUUAUGCGAAAUUCGGCGGUCGGUGAAAAUGGCCGGCGGAAGAAAUUUUCUAUUUCAUUAUCUCGAGCGGAGAUUGAGGAAGACUUCUUGGUGUUUAAGGGGACGAAGCCCAGUCGAAGACCCAAAAAGAGACCCAAGGUCAUCCAGAGGCAACUCGAUGACUUAUUUCCUGGCGUAUGGCUGUCGGAGAUUAAUGCAAACAUGUAUAAAGUAGAUUAAUGAGUUGAUUCUUUAUUUUUCUUUUUCAUAGUUCUGCCAGAAAAUUUGAAUCAACAAGAAUAGGAAAUAAUCCUCUAUCCAGAAGAUGCAAGAGGGGGUAUCGCAUUCUGCAUUGUUAGAGUGGAGGCUCUUAAGAAUUCUAAGAUUCUGAUUUUCCAUAGUUAUUGUUAUUUCGUAGCUUCAGUUAGAAUCGCACUUCAGUUUACGACAUUCAUCAGUAAAUUUCUUAGAAUUAAUAUAUGAGAUUAU